AUGGAUGAUUUGAAGGAAAAGUUGGAUUCUUUGACCAGGGAGGCCCGGAGUCUUAACAAAGAGUUGGAGAAAGGGUAUGAAGAAAUAAAGAAGUUAAGGGCAAAGGUUAGAGAACUGAAGGAAGAGAUAAUUGAAAAGGAUGGGAAACUUGAGGAAUUGACGUCCUGCAUAUCAAGGUUAAGAAAAAAAAUAGAGGAAAAAAGUAAGGAAGUUGGUAACAGGGAAAAGGCUAUUAUGAAUGAGUGCCGGAGAAAAGAGUUACUUAACGGAAGAAUACUUGGGAGCUCUAGAAGCCAAGAAAACUAUUACAUUAGUUUAGAGAUGAAGAUGCUUAACGAAAGGAUUGAAGUAAUGAGAAGAUUUAUUCUUGCAAUUGCGGAAAGGUUUGGAUUUGAUUUUGAGGUUUUUGAUGAUCUUACAAAAAUAUCUGAAAGCCUUGAAGAUCCCGUCAUAUCUGCACUUUUGGACAGCAUCUCUCCAAGAAAGAGAGAGCUUUCAAAUAAGGAGAAAGAAUAG